ACAGAGAAAAGCAAUACAGAUGGUCAGCCUGUGGUGAUCCUUCUAGGCUGGGCAGGCUGCCAGGACAGGUACCUGGCCAAAUACAGCGCGAUCUACAGUCAGAAGGGGUGCCCCGUGAUCCGCUACACGGCUCCGUGGAGGAUGAUAUUCUUCUCAGAGACCUUUGGCAUCAAAUCCCUCCAGACCCCAGCCAGGCGACUCCUGGAGCUGCUCUUUGACUACAGCAUUGAAAACAGACCGCUUCUUUUCCACGUCUUUAGCAAUGGUGGUGCCAUGCUGUACCGCUACGUCAUCGAGGCGCUUCGCACCCACAAGCCGUUUCAGAACCUCAGAGUAGCGGGCACCAUUUUUGACAGUGCCCCCGGCAGAAGAAACUUGAGAGGAGGCCUCCGUGCCUUGGCGACUGUCUUGGUAUCCACAAACGUGCUGCUCAAGUAUUUCCUCUUGUUCGCUUUUGCUACCACGGCCGUCGUGCUGCGCGUUUUGCUGUACCCCUUGACCCGCUUCAUCCACGAGAGCCACUACGACGCCCUGCUGGGAGC